AAAAGCAAUCAGACCCACUGAUAUAUUAAGAUUGAUUUACUAGGAGACACUGUGAGCAAACACACUGAUGCGGAUUGCACCAGCUCACACAUUUACAUAUUACUUUGACAUGCUGUACACGUCUAUUUGACUAAGGAGAGAGAAGACUAACAUUGGUAUUGACACAAUUAGAACAAAUAAGUACACAUGGUUUCCCUUUAUCUUCUCAUCCUUGUCUUUGUCCAUGGACCAUCAGGUUGCAACAGUCUUUGGACGGUGACAAAAAGUACUGCAAAGAGUGGCGGAGCCAUCACGAUCCCCUGUCACUACCACCGCAUGUUCAGAGACCAUGCCAAAUACUGGUGUAAGGGCAGAACUUGGCCCUUAUGUACAGUGAUGGCAAGCACCGACCCAAGGCGGAGCAGAGGAGGCAUGUCAAUCACAGACAUCCCAGAGGAGCUGGUCUUCACUGUGACCAUGGAGAACCUACAGGAAACUGACACCAACAGGUACUGGUGUGCUCUGAAAGUGGGCAGGAUAGGCAAGCCAGAUGUUAAAGUUUCCAUGGACCUCACAGUCACCCAAGGCUCUCCUGAUCUGUCAGUGGUUGAUGAGCUGGUAUCUGGUGAGGAGGGGGGCAGUGUCAGUGUACAGUGUCUCUACAGUGACACGCUCAGAGGCAAAGAGAAGAAGUGGUGCAGGAGUGGGGACCGGCAUUCCUGUCAGACACAGACAGACACUAGCCAGAAUGCAUCUGUUGUGAUCAGUGAUGGCAAGAGGGGAGUGUUCAAUGUGACAAUGAAAGAACUAGAGAAGAAAGAUGCAGGCUGGUAUUGGUGCUCUGUUGGAGACCUACAGGCUGCAGUUUAUAUCAACGUCACUCAGAGAUCCACAGCACACAGGAACACUGCAGAAGCAGUGAUUACUCCAACGCUGCCCAUGUCACACUCCGCAUUCUCGACAUUCACAGACUCCACAGCUACCUCUGCCUCAAAGACAAACCCUUCCGCCACAGUAGACUCUGCUCUGACAACAUCCUAUGGCUCUGCAACUCCAUUUCCAUCCGUCUCAGUUCCAUACAUCACAAUCCAUUCUUCCACACUGACUUCUUCACUAACAACAGUAGUACCUACAUGCUGUCCUGCUACUGAAUCUACAGCUACUAACAAGACAAUCAGAAACCUGCCCUGGCAUGCUCCUAUUCUCAUUGUGUUGGCCAUGGUGUUGUUGGUUAUUCUUGUUAUGGCUGCAGUUAACAUCUAUAGAUCUUCCAGGAAUAAUAUCAGACCUGUGGAAGGAGAGAUGACUGAGCUGGUGAUAAAUCAAGAUCAAUAAUAUAAAUAAAAGAGCCUAAAAAUUAAUUUGGAUCAUAAAAAUUACUUUAAGUUUGCUUUAAUAUCAACCAACAUAAUCACAUGUACAGUAAAUGGAUUGUAGCAAUAACAUACAAUCAUAAGAGCACACAUACACACAAAUAGAUAUCAUGUGUAAUUAGCUAACGUUACAAAACAAAUCAAUAACUGAAUUAAAAGUUCAGGAAAAAGCAAUGUGACUACACAUUAUUGUACAAUAGCAUUCAUCUUUAGGUAAGGUGUGUAUCUUUAUAACAGAACUGAAAGAGCUAUAAACAUUUGAAGAUGUCUUUCAAAAACCUGACAUACUGGAGACUGAGAGGAUCUUAUGGAUCCUAGGUGAGGGGGAUUACAAUUAUUAAAAUGACACACAUUGUCAUGUUCUGUUAAUUUUGUACAUUAAAUGAAGAAUAAAUACAAAUUCAGAGACGUUGA